AUGUCUACCCAAGGAGAUGCAAAGUUGCAAUUACUAGGCACGGCAAAUUUUGCUGCAGGGAAUAGCUUUCCGCCACCCGACGUAUCAACGGUGUUAGACCUCUUUUCUGUAUUGAGUCCGAGGAAGAUCAAUAAAAUCACUCAGAUUACUGGUUCCCGACAAAGUUACAUUGCACAUUAA